AUGAGUGAUGAUAUACAAGCACUUGCAAGCGAAUUCUCUGAAUUCGUAUCAGAGCACUAUAGCGAUGUAAUAGAUCAAAUCAUUGAGAAAGAUGAAAUGAGAUUAAUAGUCAAUAUAGAUACAAUGAGAGCAAAGAAUCCUGCACUAGCUGAUAAAUUUCUAGCUCGUCCAAUUGAAUAUUUCAAUGAAUUUCAGAGAACAGUCGAGAAUAUAGUGCAUCUCAGAGCAAAAGAAAAGUUGGCAAAAGAGUUGAGUGAGGAGAAUGACGAAAUGGAAGAAGACGAAAAAGUUGACAUGAGCAAACGUGCCUAUUCAAACGAUAGGAAUGGAAAGAAAUUUCCAUACUUUCUUGGAUUCGAAGGUAGCUUUGGUUCGAAACAUGUAACUCCCAGAGGUUUGAGAGCUAAUUUCAUUUCCAAUAUGGUUUGCAUCGACGGAAUCGUAACAAAAUGUUCGUUAGUAAGACCAAAAGUUAUGAAAAGUGUACACUAUUGUGAGAAAACCAAAGAAAUGUCAGAGAAACAGUAUUCAGAUGCUACUUUGGACGAUACCAUUCCAACGAGUGCCUCCUAUCUAUCAAAGGAUGCGGCUGGCAAUCCAUUAGUGACAGAGUACGGUUUGUGUGAAUACAAAGACAGCCAGUGUUUGACCAUUCAGGAGAUGCCAGAGUGUUCGCCAGCAGGUCAGCUACCAAGAUCGAUUGAAAUAUUUGUCGAUAAUGAUUUAGUUGAUAGCUGUAAGCCAGGUGAUCGUCUACAGGUUGUAGGUAUCUACAGAGCAUUGCCAAUGACCACUGGUGGAGGUGGUGGUGCCAAUGGAACAAGACAGUCCACACGUUUCAGAACCGUAUUGAUUUGCAACUGUAUCAAAAAGUUGGAUCGUGAAACAGACGGACCUAAAUUUACACCAAGAGAUGUUGUCAAUAUUCGUGAGGCUUCAAAGAACGAAAACCUAUUUGAAUUGCUGGCACAAUCUAUGGCACCUUCCAUCUUUGGUCACGAUUAUAUUAAGAAGAGUUUACUGCUUUUGUUGCUGGGUGGUGUAGAAAAGAAUCUGCCGAAUGGCACACAUCUUCGUGGUGAUAUCAAUAUAUUGAUGGUUGGUGAUCCUUCAACAGCGAAAUCACAGUUGCUAAGAUUCGUCUUGAAUAUUGCACCUCUUGCCAUCAACACCACCGGUAGAGGUUCUUCAGGUGUUGGUCUCACUGCUGCCGUCACUUCCGACUCUGAGACUGGUGAGCGUAGAUUGGAAGCAGGUGCCAUGGUUCUGGCAGAUCGUGGUAUUGUUUGUAUAGACGAGUUUGACAAGAUGGGUUAUGACGAUCGUGUAGCUAUUCAUGAAGUUAUGGAGCAGCAGACUGUAACCAUCUCCAAAGCCGGUAUCCAUGCAUCGCUCAAUGCUCGUUGCUCUGUCGUAGCGGCAGCAAAUCCAAUCUACGGUCAAUACAAUCGUUAUAAGCGUCCACACGAGAAUAUCUGUCUUCCAGACUCACUUUUAUCCAGAUUUGAUUUAUUAUUUAUUGUAUUAGAUCAAGCAAAUCCCGAUCAUGACAGACAUAUAUCUGAACAUAUUCUACGUAUGCAUAGAUAUCGUCGUGCCAGUGAUUCAGAAACAUGUUUUAUCAAGUCUAAUUUUAAAAAUUGUAUAUUAGAUUUACAAACGGAACCAUCGUCUAUAUUAGGUGGUGAAAUGGAUAUAAAACAGAUCGUAGAGGAGGAUUUAGAAACCCCGGUCUACCAAAAAGUGGAUAAAUUGUUGCAUGGCGAGAGAGAGAACGAAAUUUUUUCUAUUCCAUUUAUCCAAAAGUAUCUCCACUUUGCUAAAUCCAGAACAAAGCCAAUGCUAACUGAUGAAGCAAGAGAAUUUAUUAUUUCUUCAUAUACAGAGUUGAGAUCAAAAGAAGGAGAAAAGACAUUACCAAUAACAACACGUACCUUGGAGACAUUGAUUCGUUUAUCAACAGCACAUGCCAAAUGUCGACUUUCAUUGACUGUCGAGCGAUCCGACGCUGAAGUUGCCAUUGAUAUUCUACACCAUGCACUAUUUAGUGAGACCGAAAUCAAGACCAAACCAAGAAAUUUGGGUGUAAAAAGAAAAAAUGAAAAACAACAAGCCAAAGACAAGGAGGAUGAAGAGAUGGAAGAUGAUGAAGCAAACGGAGCAGAUGAAAAUAAUAAUGAUAAAGAAGAUCAAGACGGUGCAGAAAAUAAUAAUAAUAAUAAUAAUGAUAAUAAUGAUAAUGAUAAUGUUAAAAAUGAUAACGAUGAAGAAGAAAAUAAUCAAACUAUAGUUCAAACAAAGAAAAAAGUUAAAAAAGAUAAUCAAAAUAGUAGUAGUAAGUCUGAUCAGGAUACAAACUCAUUGGACGAAACAGUAAUUAAGAGAUUUGGAGGUGAAGUAAACAGACUUUUAAUAUCUGGUGUUAGAGAUAUAGAUGGAUUAAAGAAAAAACUGUUGAAAAAGUAUCCAGAUUUUGACAAACUUUUACAACACCAUAUAGAUAUCGGAAAAAUCCACAGAUCUAAAGAUAACAAGAUUAGAUCGAUGGUUGGUUAA